AUGCGAUUUGACUUUGAAUGCUCCAACAACGAAGCAGAGUAUGAAACGCUGUUAGCGGGCUUGAGAAUGGCCCAGUCCAUGGGAGCAACAAGGGUCGAUGCAUACGUCGACUCUUUGCUGGUCAAUAAUCAAGUGAAUGAGACUUAUGAGGCCAAAGAUGAGACGAUGGAAAAAUACUUGGCUAAAACCAAGGAACUCAUAGCUUCUUUUGACAACGUUACACUCAAUCACGUCCAUCGCAGAAAAAAUCAAAUAGCAGACGCCCUAAGUAAGUUAGCUACUUCUGGCAUGGAAAAGGAGGUGAAGGUGGAAACGCUUCAGUCACCUUCCAUAGAGUCCCGAGAAGUAUCCACCGUCAUAGCGGAAGAACGUUGCUGGUACACUCCCAUCUUAAAAUUCCUUACAAAAGGGGAGUUGCCCUCCGCCAGGGGCGAUGCCCAGAAGUUACGAACAAAGGUGUUACAAUAUGAAGUACAAAAUGGCAUCCUAUAUAGGAAGUCGUAUUUGGGAUCACUAUUACGGUGUGUAUCCCCAUCGGAAGCUACAUACUUGAUCCAAGAAAUACAUGCUGGUAUAUGUGGCAUUCACGCCGGACCCCGGACACUCCGCCCUAAGAACAACUUGAUCCCCAUAACGGCGGCAUGGCCUUUUAAAAAAUGGGCGAUUGACAUCGUGGGACCAUUCCCGCUGGCCCUCGGGAAACUAAAGUACUUGAUCGUGGCAAUCGAUUAUUUUACUAAGCGGGUUAACGCAAAACCAUUGGCCAAGAUAACUACUGAAAAUGCCAAGAAAUUCCUAUGGGAACAUAUCGUUUGCCGAUUUGGGCUGCCGCUAUAUCUUGUGAGCGACAAUGGAACACAAUUCACAGAAAAGGUCCUACAAGAUUUGUGUGCAGAGUUACAGAUUCAACAAAUCUUUACAUCGGUUGCACACCCCCAAGGAAACGACCAAGUGGAAAGGGCAAAUAGAAGUUUGCUGGAUGGAAUCAAAAGAAGGUUAGGAUACGGAGGAAGCUCCUGGGUGGAAGAAUUGCCAAACGUCCUCUGGGCACAUCGAACUAUGCCCAAGACAAGCAACAACGAAACCCCCUUCAGCCUAACUUAUGGCACAGAGGCAAUGAUACCUGCGGAGGUAGGGUUACAUUCACUAAGACGCCUGAGCACUGAUGAUGACAAUGACAGGCUCCUAUGGGAAGGCCUGGAUCUCCUGGAAGAACGCCGCGAAGCAGCCGCCAUUAUCGAGGCAAAAUAA